AUCAAGGCUGUGGCCUUCGCACAGUUUUGACUGGUUCAAGGUCACUCUAAAAGACCUGGAGUUUGGGAAAAAGUGGUGGAAGAUGCUGAGAUGCACGUGUUUCGACUUUUCCUUCUCUUAGGAUGUACAUUUCUUCGAAUUCUCAACGCGGAGUAUGUUGCUUCAGUAACAAUACAUUGUUGCAUAGAAUGUAGCGAAAUCACUUUACACAGUCUCACAGUUUCUCUAAAUCGGAAUCCUGACUUAAAACCAGAGCAAAGUACUUAUGGAUUUAUCGUUACGCUUGCGAAGUAUUCUAAUCCAGCAAACUUGCCAGGCUUUGGUUGGUUGUCCAAUACCCUCAAAAACUUAAACCUCGAAAAUCUUUACCAUAUCACUGCAUAUAAAGAAGUGGUUGGUGAUCAUAAUAGUGACAAUGUAACUUCCAACACCAACGUUUAUGGACUGAUAUCUGUACACAAAAAUGAAGUGACGGGCUAUAUUAAUUUACCAUCUUCAAGGGUGUUUCCUUCUGGGGCUACAUUGUACCUUGAACCAUUAAAACAACAACAACAGCAGCAACAACAACAGAAUGAUAAUGAAACGCUUCACUCUCCAUCUACAUGUCAUCAGCUCAACGUUCCAUACAAUCUGACUAUAUUUCCUGUAGAUAUGAUGACUCUGGAGAAGCCUACUGAUCCCUUUUAUCCAAAUGUACAAAAUUUAAGCCAAUUUCAAUCAAUUAAGCAGAAUUCUACAUCAUAUGGACCAGAAAACUUUCAGAGACAAUUUAAUGGAAGAGUGAAACGAUCAUCUACUGAAGUACCGACAAACACUCCAACUUUGGAUACAGUGCGUGCUGUCCAUCGGCCAGGUGAAACAGAACCAUACAUUAUGGAAUUAUUUAUGGUUGUCGAUGAAACUUUGGCUGCUGAAUUUCGUGGACAAUAUGAUCAACUGGUUUAUCGUGUGAAUAUGAUUAUGGCACUUGUAAAUAAGUUAUUUUCUCCAUUCAACAUUAUCAUAGUUGUCGUCCGAUUAGAGAUAUGGGAACAAGAUCGUAUUAGUUUAAAGUUAGAAGAACAUCAUAUACUCACAGCAUUGGCUCAAUUUAAACGUAUGCAUACUGAUAUACGCCAUGAUUGUUUACAUGCUUUGCUAGGCACAAAAGAACAAGGGUCACGUACUCGUGGUAAAGCUAAUCAUAUGACAAUGUGUAUUUAUUCUCGUUGUGUUGGUUAUAGCAGAGUUUCACCUACAUUUGACAUUACGGAAACAGCUCGAACUAUGGCGCAUGAACUUGGACAUAAUUUUGGUUUACGACAUGAUACUGAAGAAUGUGAAUGUCAAGGUUGUAUUAUGGCGACAGGUGUAGAAUUCGGUACAACAGUUAUGAAAUGGUCACCGUGUUCUAUAAGAGAUUUACCAGGUUUAUUGAAAUAUGGUAUGGGUGUUUGCCUACACGAUAUGCCAACACGUGGACGUGUAUCGAUCAAUUCUUUUGUUGUGGAUUCUAAAACUGCAACAAAAAAUAAGAAUAAUCACAAAGACAGUAAUAAUUAUUAUUAUCUUAAUAUGUCUGUUCCAAGUGUUGUACAUAUUUACGAUUGGCAAAGUGAAUCAAAGAGAAAUCCUGUUAGCCGUGUAUUAACGCCAGCUAGACAACGUCAUUCUAUUUCAUCGUCGUCAUCAUCAGCAGCAGCAUCGUCUAAGCAAUAUAUGGAUGGAUUAUGCGGAAAUGGACAAUUAGAUCCUGGAGAAGAAUGUGAUUGUGGUAGUCAAACCUCAUGCCCAAAAGAAUGGCAAGCAUGCUGUGAUCCAACACGUUGUAAGCUACGUGGAGGCGCUGAAUGUGCUGGUGGACCAUGUUGUGAAAUUGUGAAGACAGAUCCACAUGGUAGUGGAAAUCAGUCAAGUAUCCAGUGUAAGCUAAAGUCAUCUGGUACUGUUUGUCGUAAUGAAUCAGGGAAUUGUGAUCUACCUGAAUAUUGUGAUGGUCAAAGUCAAUGGUGUCCAGCUGAUGUCUACAAGGCUGACGGAGAAUUGUGCUAUACAGACGAAGGUCGCCGUGCACAUUGUGUUCGUGGCGGUUGUCGUGAUGCUGAUGGUUGGUGUCGUGUACUGUGGGGUAAAACAGCAACAAUUGCUGAUAAAUAUUGUUUCUAUGAAAAUGAAGUAUGGGAUAGAAAACCAACUGUGGAUUCCGUGGCUAAUUGUGGAAUUAAUCGACCAUUACCACGUGAUCGAUGGGAAGAUGUGAAAACAUGGUCAGGUAUUGCCUGUGAAACAUGGCAUGAUACAUCCUGUGGUCGUUUAUGGUGUCAUCAUCAAAAUGAAAAAGCUAUGCUUUUAGGUUGGAUUCAAUCACAAACUCGUGUUAUCCACUCGACUGGUCGGUCUUGUUCAGCACUUGUUUAUGAUCCAGUUUGGCCUGCUUCAGAUCCUGUAACAUGGGAUAAAAAUAAGCUAACUCAAAUUAAUGCCAACGGUGCUGGAUUCGGACUAUACUCAGCUAACACUCAAGAUGCUGGUAUGGUUCCAGAUGGAACACCUUGUUCUCGGGGUAUGUGUUACAAUGGUUCUUGUAAAUCCAUAGAUGAGAUUCGACCUCCGCAUUCGUGUUAUUGCAACGGCCGUGGAAUUUGUAAUAAUUUAGGACACUGUCAUUGUGCACCUGGUUAUAAACCACCAAAUUGUGAAGAAGGCGGUAACGGUGGCAGUAUAGACAGUGGACCACCUCCAGUUACGCAUAUCAAGGAUAAUACAUUAUUGGUGAUCAUAUGUAUUCUAUUCUUUGUAAUUCUGCCAGCUUGUGGUCUUACAGUCUACUUUGUAUGCAUACGUCCUGGUCGAUGCUUACUGAGUACAUCAAAAGAAUUCAUUUAUACAAGUAGUGGAUUACGUAGACCAUUUGAUAAAAAUUGUACUGAUUGUUUAUGUCAUUUUUGUAGACGUACCAGUAAGACCAAAAAGUCAGCCAAAGAAAGUAACAAAUUCAGAAACCCCUAUCCCUUACUUGCCUAUACAACAACAACAACAACCGAUGCACAAGAAACAAUGGAUGAUGGACAGACCGUCGUCAUCAAUGGGCGAACAAACGGCUACCCCAACAAUUAUAAGUCCAGCGGUAAACUAUCAAACGGAGAUACGCACAAAGCAGUCAAGUCAAACACGAAAUCAGUCAGCUUUGAAGUACCAACGUCAAAUAAAUUAUUAUCCGGAGUUGGUGGCAAAACAGGCGCAUAUAAACAUGGCAUACCAAGCAACACCGUGUUUGUCGGUUCCGAAACAGCAGCAGCAACAGCAAAAACCACCACAACAGCGGCAACAAACAAGCAUAUUCACCGAGAACCACAGAAAGCGACAACAAAUCUAGUUUCUAAACCUGAUCAAAAUGGAAUUGUUGUACCAGAGAUAAAACCAACACAAAUUAUCUAUCCAAAAUAUCCUAAAAUAAGUGAUCAAAUUGUACAUAAAACUAAUACAAAAUUAUAUCAUCAUCCUCAUUCUAAAGAACCCAAUGAAAUGCUGAAUGGUACAGCCAGUUUGAUUUCAGAACCACGUCUUGAGAGAAUGACCUAUGAAGGAUCAAUGUGUUCUUUGAAUGAUGCUGCUGCUGUUAUAAAUACACUAAAGCGUAAAUCAAAAGAUAAUAAUAAUAAUACUCUUACUGGUAAGACACAAUCAAAUGUCCCCGUAGUAAAUAAUUCUCAAUCGAUUGUAACUACUGCAAAACAAAAAUUAUUCAGUAAUAAUAAUAAUAAUAAUAGUAAUAAUGAUUCUACAAUAUUACGGACAGGUAAACUUCACCUAACACAAACAACACCUGUACGUUCAACUCUUACACCGAAGGAUAUUUCAGAGCCUUUAUUACAAACAACUACAUAUACUGAAACAUUGUCAGAUUUACAGACAGCUAGAUUGAAAUUGUCUCAAAAAGUAUUUGAACUUUGAUAUACAUACCCUUUGAUUUGGGGUGUAUGGGCCCACUUGCCAACCCCCCGCCCAUUCUUUUUUCAAUAGUUCUAAUCCUCUUUAUUAUUUGUUUGAGUUCUUCAUUUCACAUUGCAUUCCAUUAGCCUAGUUGUAUGAUAUAUUACAUUGCUGGUUUUCUAUGAGACAAUGAGGAAUGAGUACCACUCUUUUGUUACACUUUAUUAUGAUUAUAAUAUUUAUUUAUUUAUAUUUAUAUGCAUAUAAAACUGUGUUUGUGUUUUUCAUUGAUAUGUUGUGAUAUUCUAGUCAUGUUUGAAGUGUAUCCUGUUUUUCGUUUUUUUAUUAGUGUUUCAAUCAUUCUCAGUUUUAUCAACAAUGAAAAAAAUUUCUUUCUUUCUCCCCUUUUUUUUCCUCUUUUUCUACUGAACGAAUUUAAUUAUUAAAAAUUAAAAAACACAAAACAACAACAACUAGGUAAUUAUAUCUAUAUUUGUGUUUUUUUUUAAAUAUUGAAAAUCCAAUUCCAAAUCUCAACGAAUUUUAUUAUUACUAUUAUUAUUGUUAUUAUUAUUACUGGUGUUGCUAUUGGUGUGAUUUCCCUCCUCUCCCAGGGAUAUUUGUGUUUGUAUAUUCAUGUAGUAAGUACACUCAGGAGGAUUGAGAUUGUCGGAAAAACAAAAGCAAAACGCACUUUCCUUCACAUUUUUCCAGGGGGAAAGUGUGAAAGUGAAAGCGCAAUCUCUAGCCAUUUUAACUUCCUUUCUUAUUUACUUGCUUACUUGCUUAUUUGCUGGCUGAUUUCCUCCCGUCUUUCUUUAUCUAUUUGUAUUAUGCAUAGUUUUUAUUGUUUCAUUUUGGAUACUUUUUGGCUUUUAAAUUAUUAAUAUUAUUAUUAUUAAUGAUUGUAUUAACAGACAACAAUGAGAAUAGACUUUAUAUUUAAUUAUUUUUUGUUCCUUUAAAUGAAGAAAUUAACACACUCACACCCACACCCUCACAUAUACACACGCCUUGUUCUUUCUCUAUAGUUCCACUCUCUCCUGCUGAUUAACUGAUUGACUACCGCCACUAAAGCCUCCAAUUCACCUCACCCAUCCGUCCAUCCGCCAUCUAUCCCCGGCGUACUCUUAUAUUUUGUACUCCUUAACUUGCAGUAGUAGUAGUAAUUUAUAAUGAUAAAUAGAAAUAAGGCUAUUUAUUAAUGAACCUAUUGACAGGUGUUUCCGUCAGCUAUGACAAAAUAAGGAACACUCUCCCUUCCUUUCCUUCUCUUUCUCUGUGUCGCAUUAACAUAUUGACAGCCAUAUAUAUUUUUGUAUUCUAAUUAAAAAUAGUAAUUCAACAGAAGGCAUAUUCUGUUGUCUUGUCUUAUCUUGUCUUAUUUUGUAACAUUCUAGGCUCUUUUUGAGUAUGAUCAGACAAGCAGGUGCAGGCUAGGCUAGACAGUCAGACUAUGGGUGAAGGGGAGGAGGAGAUAAAAAGGCAAUAUGAAGCUUGCUUUCCUGUCCCUAAUAAUUUUAUACGUUAUGCACAUAUUUUCUCUUUUUCUUAGUGAUUGUUAACUGUGUGUGUCAGUGCUCAGGUUCUUUUUUGUUGUUGUUGUUGUUGUUUUCUCUUGCUUUUUUCUCUCCUGUUUUCUUUUGUUGUUGUUGUUUUGUUUUGUUUUGUUUGGUUAUUACCUGUUUGUCCACCUUUAUAUAUGCCUAUGUAUGUAUAUCAACGAAUCACCUAAUUGAUAAUAAUAAUAAUGAUAAUGAUAAAAAUAAAUAUAAUGAAGUUGUUAUGUCG